ACGAGCCUCGUAGUACCGCUUCGACAGUGGACGCGGUAGGAACGGAUCCGCGCUACCCUCCAAACGAGCCCUUAUCUCUUAACAGCGAUCGGUUGCAAAUAAUUGUUAAAGACGCGGUCGGACGUCCGACUCGCGUAGGCAACAGCGCUGCGCUUCCGGGACGCGUCGUCGCACGACACCCGACGGACCCCUUCGUGCUGAUACGUUUGAAUGGCACGCGAACAGGUGAACGCGUAGCGCACAGCAAGAAACGGAUCACGAAGAGGUCGUUGUACGUGGUAUAUACCCGAAGACGAAACGAUUCGCGAGCACGGCAUAUGACUGUCACUGUGCUAUAACAGAUAUACAUUUUUCUCCGGCAUUGAUACCACUUGUCACGAGAACACCGGCUAUCGUCUCCGGGAAACGACCGAGCUGGCUUCUUCGUUGCCUCUUUCCUUGUUUUCCUGGAGAAUAUUAACGAGGCAGAAUGAGGCGGCAGUCGUACAGCUCGAGUCUGAGCGGAAUCAGCGGUGAGCCGCAGAUCAUUGUCGAGGAGAGCACGCUCGGUGAAGAGGAAGCGGAACGACGGAGAAACGAGUCGCCUCCCCGAUGCCUGGAUCCAGACUCGCCGUCCUUGGAUCCUUAUCUAUUGUCACCGUGGAGAGACGCGAGGAAGCACUCUCUACCAACUCCGCAAUGUACUUCCGGCAUAACCGCGUCCCAGGUGAGGCGGCUGAGCGAACGCGGUGCCGAAGCAGGACCAUCGCCAAAGCAAGCCACCUUCCUGGCAACGCUAUCUCAAGCACCGGCCCCUCAACCAGGAGGCCGGAGGCACUCGGUGGUAACGAUUUCGAAAAUGCCAAUGAAUCUGAUCGGGCGUAAUCGCCGUGAAUCAGUCGCCGCUUUCCCGCUCGGAGGCGCGACGAGGAUAUUGCCGGGCCGACGGGACUCCGACUCGAGAAUAUCUGGCCCGCCGAGCAACAGCGGGAGUACGCACAAUCUUCAAUUGGAUAUCAUGGACGAUAUCGCGGAUAUAAAACUGAGGAAGGUGCGUUUAAAGAUGUACAAGACGUCGACGUCGGAACAAGUAGCGGAGAUCCAGCCAUUAGAGGGUAACAGGACGACUCAACGGUAUACCCAAAAUCAGAAACGACGAUUCUCUGAAAUGCCUGUUCCGUCGGUCUCGCCGACGUCUUCCCUGCGAAGACGAGCCUCGGAACUGCCAAAGGCCGUGGGUGCGUCCGUUGCCGGUGCGGCGGGCAUCGUCUGCUCCAACACCGAUCUGAUAUCGAUCCUGAGCUCGUUAGCUACCUCCGCGACGGAAAUCAAUCGAUGCGGAGAGGAACCGUCGAGCUCGCGAGACGAGAGCAAGUCGAGUUGGUCCGGCAAAACGGCUGAGCAGAAACGAAACAAGUUGAAAAGCUUCCGCUCGAACAGUUUCGACGUUUCAAUUCUUCACGGGGCUAAAAGCAAACUCGCCGGUUCCUCGAAGACCGCCGCGUCUAUCAUGGCACCAUCGAACUGGUUCACGAAGAGGCAUCAGCCGAUGUCGAAGAAACAAAAGUCCGAGGAUCUGAUUACGGCCACUUUGAACUUGAAAUUCGAUAAAUCGAAGGUCGUGAAAGCUGUAAAAGAGACGUUCGGCAGGACGUCCCCUACCACCAGUGACGCCCGGCACAAAGUCGUAUGGGACGACACCAGCGGGACGAAGGUAGACGCCCAGGUUUUCGGCAGCGCUAUCGAGAAAAUUUUAACCGCGCAUAAGGGAAGCGACGCGGAAGCAUCGAGCUCGAGCGGGAAGACCUCGGUGUCGCCGAAUAAAUCAAGAUCGAGCAAAGUAGUCAGUUGGUUCUCAAGUGGUAACAAGGACCAAGAGCAAACCGAGGUCUGCGAACCGUCGAUUUGUUCUUCACUAAAAGAUCUGUUCGUCAAGUAGUAUGGAAGCACGAACGCGAGUCUCGCUCGUUUGAUCAAAGCCUCUUCGUUCAAGGAUUUGUUCCGAGAUUAACGCGACCUAAUAGAUCACAGACAAUCUCACUUAAUGUGAAUUUUAACGAGUUGAACGAUGAGACAAUUGGAAACAUUAUUCUCUGGUUACUACAGUGGCUACGAAAAUACAAAAUCGCGUGGAAAUAACAAUUUGCAAAAUUACGUCGAUACAUUGGAAACAGAGAAUUUUCUCUUGUAUCUAGAAAAUAUAAAUAAAAUAAUAUAUUUUGGUGGCCACUACACAUCCCUUCCCCAUUGAAAACAAUUGAAAUCUAAAUUCCACUCUAAUCUAAUACAUGUUUACAAUAAAUCUGUCAUUCGUGAAAUUGCUUCUGAUUUUACGGUGGCAAUAAAAUCAGAAUCAACGACUGUAAGGUUUCUAUUUAUUGUUUCGCGAUUCGUGGUCUAACGUUAGAUGCAAAAAUUCAAUAAACUUCGUAGAUCUAAACAUGUCGAUGGAUACAGCUUUCAAUCAAUAAAUGUGGACAAAAAGUCGACCCUUAUAUUCAGAUAACGCGUAAUGUCUAAUUCCAGAUAAUAAGUAAGCAAAGUGAAGCUGAAAUUUCAAAGUGUAAUUGAAUCAUAUGUUGUACAAUAAAUGUUAUAUGGUGUUCCAUGAAGAAAUCUUUUUUUUUUAUAAAAAGGGUUAAAUAUAGACGAGAUUGUUGUUGAGCAAUACGAACGAACGCUUCAAAAUAACAAUGUUUAAACCUCGCAUGUGUUGUACCAUGUCCCGUAACAAGCAAUUCAUUGCACUGAUCAACAUGAUCCUUUUUAAUUCGUUUUUUCUACUUCUUUUUUUACGAAAUGUUUAUAAAUUCAUUAAUGUAUCAAUCGUUUCACCAGUAACUGAAAUGUCAGUUUUAAGAUUCGAAGAUGUAUGUAAGCACAACUGUUAUACUUCCCGGUAACAAAUAAAAAGACAACGGCAGUAAUAUUUUCUUCACAACUUCAGAACGUAUGUACAUACAUAUUUUCGAUUAAAACAUAUAUAGACAUAAGCGUAUAAGCCGAGCGUCCCGUAUUUUUGUUCACCCCGUAAAAGAUCGAGGAAACAUACUUCAGAGACAUUUCUGUCUCUCUUUGAUAUGCCGAUA